CUUUUAAAUUCUCAAGGACCUUACAUUCCAGUUUUACCCUUCAUACAUUAAUAAUUCACUUUUACUUAUUAUUCUGACUCAGUCACGCACGCCUCCUGCACCGCCACUUCUCCUCUUUCAUCUCUGCAUCUCCCUUCUCUCCCAUCUUCAGAUCUACAACAUAGCUCUCUCCCAUGGAUUUCCAUGGCGGAAAAAAUACACUCCAUCUCCGGCAGCCAACUUCACAUCUACAACGCUACAAGUUCUCGCCGGUCUUCCCGUCUCCGACGCUGCGACGGUCUUCGAUCUCCGCAUGAAAUUUUGACAAAAAUCUACAUCAGUCUCGCCGGAAUCCCGCUGGAGGAGAAGGUGGCACAAAGUGAGAAGGCGGCACCGCCGAAUAAAGCGCCGGCGGCGACCACGCCUGAUGAGGCGGACUGCUACGGACGAUUUUCAGAUGUGCGGCCAGGUGUUGCGGCUGGAUUUCAAUUGUGGUGGCGUCUAACGGCCAGCAGGGUCAUUGAGCUGUCUGCAUUAUUUUGGGGUAGCACGCCCGCACAUCUCUGUAAAACUUGUGCUCUGUAUUAUUGUUUUGUUUUACUAUGGUAUUGUAAUACUCCGUAUUCAUUAUUAAUAAAGAAAUCAGUUAUUCAUUGA